AUGGAUCACAAACUACCCUACAUCUUUCAAGAAGACGCUCACUGGGCUGCCGAACCAGAAGAGAUAGAUAUAUACGCAAAACUCGUGGUAGCCUGUGCAGAAAACCAUCUCAGUCCCCUGGCCGCAGCUCAAGAGAUCACAGACAUUUUGGCACGCGAGGCGUGGAAGAACAAGGCCGAGAUCGACCUACACGACGAGGACAGACCAUACAACACGAAUACAGCAUUAGUUGCUGUCUCGAUAGGCAGUUGUGUGUCUUCAUUUCCUCCACACAGUGUGGUGCACGAACGACUAUUCAACAUGAUCAGGAGCUUUAUAAAAGUGGAGAAGCGUUCGAUACCGAACAUUAUGCUCGAUCGCACUGGCAAGUUUCGGUAUGGAGACCACGAUGCACUGGAGGAGUCAAGGCCAACGGUGCUUUUAUGGGAAAAUUUGAGUCCUUUGUCAUUCUCAUCAAGCUGCGAGUGGCUGGCAGAUGUCGGGGAGACUUGGACUGGAGUCGAGAAAUGUGGAAGUCGGAAUCAACAGCGGUGGCGGAAUCUGUCGUACUUUUCUGCUAGAUUAGCCAUUGAGGGCAUCGAGCAUAUGGGUUGGCGGAGUCCGCUACAACGACUGCUGCCAAAAUAUGGGAUGCCGAAUCAGAAGACGGUAGGAUAUUCUGGGUUUCUGGCUGGUCAGGUUCUCGCCGCGGCGCAGUGGUUCAUACCCAAAGACCACGCGUUUUGGGUAUGGCGGGCUUGUUGCAAUUGUGAGAAGCUGUGCAAGUCCAGUCCUUGGCUAGCUAGCGGGCCUGGUUCGAGUGCUGAUUCAAAGCGAAAUAUUCAAGAGGAGAAACAGGCCGAUGAGAAAUUCACGGCCAAUAAGACUCUGAAAGAGCUCGCACAAUCAGAAGGCUGGUUGUGGAAUCUCGAGAAUUGGAAGUCGUGGAAGGCAGCAUUCACGGAUAUCGUAGGGAGAGUGGACGACGUAAGGGUUCAUGGAAUUGUUCGUAGAGACGCCUCCAAAGCGGUGAAGGUCAUGGAAGAACUUGAGAUAUAUGACGAAGCACAUUCGUGCUUAUUGGAGCCUGAUUGA